UUGCUUUUUUUACAGGUAAAAGGAGUGAAUACAGACGUUUCUCUUCGUAUCACAUCAGUGCCCCUUGGCGAUGAAUGCAUUUUCCACAGGUGCAUCGAGAGCGACAAGAUGAAGGACGCUAGCCCAGAGCAACUGUUGGAGAUCUGGUUGGUUGAUAAUUUGUACCUGUUUGCCUGCAUUUACAAUGGUAUGGGCCAAAGACAGCCUGACAGCGCUUGCUUCGAGGAAAUGAAAGCGACCUGUGUGGAACGAAAUGCGACGGAUCCUCGAUGUCAUGAAUGGCACUGUGCCAGUCCGCAGGAUGCACAGGUUGCAGUGCUCAAAGCAGGGCAUAAGAAAAUGAAGGACGAAGAGGAGGAUGAAGAGGAUGGAAAGAGCACCACCAAAAGCAUGCACAAGACGAAGACCACUGAGAAGCAUGCAGUUCUGAGGGCCGGAGGACUAAGACAUCAUCCAAUAGUGAACAUGAAGAACACCGACAAGGAGGAUCGAAUGCUGGACCCAACAAGACGUGAUUCCAUGCCAUCCGCCCCACUGAACCGCUGCCUAAGCGCAGUCUUCAUAAUUUCACAAGUUUUUUGCGCACGCCUAUUUUCUUGA